UUGGUUGCCAGCGCUGCACUCGAGACGUUUUCCCCACCCGACCACAGAGCUCCGGAAAAGCUUCGGAAUCAAGAAAAACUGUCGCGAAGAAACAGUCGGAAAAUUCUACAAAAAAACAAAAUCGGAAUAAAUCAAGGAAAAUGGUGGUCGACAUUAAGAUGUGCCGAUUUGAUAAUGUGCCCUGGGGCUUUCGCCUUGUGGGCGGGGCGGACUACGACUAUCCGCUGACGGUGGUUAAGGUGACCGAGGGCAGCAUUGCUGACGAGGCUGGACUGCGGGUCGAGGACAUCAUUGUGCGCAUCAAUGACACGGCUGCCACGCCCCUCAGCCACGACGAGGCCCACCGCCUCAUUAUGAACAGCGGCAGCGUCUUCUACUUCGGCGUCUACCGGGAGAACGAGGAGGACGUCUACGAGUGCCUGAAGAAGUUCCCCACCAGCGAGGGUUCGUUGACCAAGUCCCCCACGCCGUCCAUAUCCCCGUCGCCGACUCCAUCGCUGUCCCAGCUGACGGAAGCCACAAAUGCCCGAACUCCGGAACCGGAGCCAUUCGUCCCGCCUCCCAGGGAAUUCGUACCUAUUACGGUGCCGUCUGUGGACAUAGUAGAUGUCCUGGCGGAAUGUCGCCAAGCCAUGUCGGAAGUGCAUGCGGAAGACAAUCGCGGGGAUGUGCCAGCUGAGGCGCAAGGAGUUGGACCCCAUCCCGUCGAGGGUCUCUACUUGCCCGAUUUGCCCGAUCGCCCGUGCUCGGCGCUGUCCGAAAGGCAGGAAAUUAAGCUGGUGGAGGAGGAAAUUGCAGCCGUGCUGUCCGGCGAGUCGGAGGUGCUCAAGGAGCACAAUGUCCUCGGCGUCAAUUUCUAUAGGAUCUUCCCCAAGCCCGGUGUCUGCAUGUCCAGCGAUGUCCUGCGCUCCCUCAACGAGGAGGUGACCAAGACGAAGCUGGAGAAGGACAAGGAGAACCGUCAGUGGUCCACCUUCCUGCAGCGUCCCAAUCGACCGGUCCCCAAGAGCAAGCAAUCGCUGGAGGCGGAACGUCGGGCGGCCAAUGCCUACAAGGUUACGAUUGUGAAGUCGGCGCCCAGGGAAAAGUCACCCAUGCCGGAAGCUAAACCGGCGCCAAAGGAAGCCACACCACCCAAGGAGGAGGAGAAACAGGAGGAACCAGUGCCGGAGGAUGUGGUGGAGCCCGAAUUGGAGCCCGAGAAGGAGGAGGAACCGAUGCCCACGGACAGCGAGGUGCCGAACUUGGAGCAACUCCCGGAGAGCGAAUCGCCGGACGAGCAGCCGGAGAAGGCCGAUGCCCCCAAGGAGAUUUGCGAAGCGGAAGUGGUCCCAUCAGAGCCGGGCUCACCCGGAGGCCCAUCAGAGGCAUCAGAGGCAUCCGAGGCACCGGCACCGGCAACCACCCCACCCAGUACUGAUGCCACUUCUGCUCCAGCUCCACCCAGAAGCGAGGAGGAACUGGCCCUGGAACGCCAGCUGGCAGAUGUGCAGAGACAACUGGCGGCCCUCUCGUCACUGCCCUCCACCAUACAGUCCACCCUGGAUGCGGUGACCAAGCAGCUGGCCGAACUGGUGCCCACCCUGAAGCUUCAGCAGCAGGAGAAGCAGUUGCCGCAAAUCGUUGAAAGGGAGGGCAGCCAGGUGGAGCAGGAGGAUGUGGAAGCCACCACCACUGACACCGCAGGCGAAACGGAGGAUGCAGGCAAGGACAUAUCCAUAUCUGCAGCUGACAACCCACUGGGGCCACGUGAGAGUAAUGAGGAUAGAUGCGAUGCCAAUGACCGGGAAGUGGCGGAAAUAUCGCGCUCCACUGACGACAAUCGCCUGGCCAAGGACAAGAAAAAGGAUCUGGAUCUGGAGCAGGAGCAGGAGCGGGAGCCGCUGUCCGAGGAGCAGAGCUUCAAGAAGCAGAAGAGACACGAUGUCAUUGAGGAGCUCGAGGAGCAUUUGGUGCGCAAAAACAAUCCCCGGCGGUCGAAGCGGGCCUUUGGGCCAUUGGUCCCAUCCUCGGAGCGUCCUUUGGUCCUUCCUGGCGGCAGGCGCUGGUACCGUCCCAAGGAUGCCUACAACGAUGAGUUCAUUGCCGAGACCCUGAGCGCCCAGGCGGAGCUCAUCACGGGCAGCACUCUCGGGGUCAACUUCAUGAAGUACCAGAAGCCGGAGCGCAAAAUCGAUCUGAAUCGCAGCGAGGUGUACAAGUAUCUCAAUCCGCAUCUGGACAGGGCGCCCGUGCGCGGCAUCGAGGUGCGUGCUCCGUUGGUGGCCGCCGAGUCCGACAUUCGCCAGUCACUGCAAUCGUAGGAAUGAUUCAACAGCGCCCCAUCCUCAAGCCAAUCCCAUACACAGAGAAAAAACUAUGCUAUACCAUUAAGAUUUUAUAUGGGAUGGGAGAAAGAGAAAGAGUUCUAAGAUUUGGCAGAGAAGCGAUUGGGGAUCGACUAAAAGCUUAUUAGAAUCUUACAAGGCAAAAAGAUUUUAAAAGCAUGUACUUAUAAAAAUAUUGUGGAUAAAUUAGUUCAUUUUAAUCUCUGAUUUUGGUCACAUUUCUGACAACAUUAAAUAAAGAUCUAUAAAAUCUUACAACAAAAAAUUAUAAACCUUUUAAUCAAAACAAGCAUUGUAACCAUUUAAUAUACCAUAAUAUUGUCAGGACCAAUAUUAAAAUCACUUUUACUGAAUCUAACAUUUGUAAAACCUUUUAAAAAUCAAGAUAUACUUUAUGUGUACUUUGGGGUAGCCAAUUUCUGUAAUAUUUGCUCAAAUCAAGAUGUUUCUUUUCCCCUGAAUUAAUAGCCAAUCAAUCAUCUUUUAAGAAGGGCUAUAAAUAAUAAAUGAGAUAAGUGCAAGGUG